AUGGCAUACCGUGGAGGUGGGAAGAGCACCUGGAAUACUCCGCCCGGCGACAUCGCAGAGCAGCUGCUAAAGCUCAAGCCACAUGUUGCUCCGGAAGAUGUAAACCAGGUUCUGGGCCGACAACGACUGGAUCACAACACGCUCUCUUCGACGAUGCAAGAGCUCAAGGAGCAAAAGCGAUUCGAUCUGGUAGGUAUAGUGCUCUCAGAGACUCUCACAGCCGGUGGCACUAUGCCGGGCCCAAAAGAAUUCACCACGGGUAUCAGUGCCUGUGCAAGGGCGAAAAAUUGGCAGCUUGCCAUGCAUCUGCUCGAAAGCAUGGGCAAUGCUAAGGUGACUGCUAAUGUUUUCAGCUACAAUUCCACCAUCAGCGCUUGUGAGAAGGGUGGUCAGUGGCAGCUAGCCAUGCAUCUGCUCGGCAGCAUGCGCAAAGCAAAGCUGGAUGCCGACGUCAUCAGCUAUAGUUCCAGCAUCAGCGCUUGCGAGAAGGGCGGGGAGUGGCAGAUGGCGGUGCAUCUGUUCGACAGCAUGAGCAAAACCAAGGUGGAGGCCGAUGUCAUCAGCUAUAGUACCACCAUCAGCGCUUGUGAGAAGGGUUGGCAGUGGCAGCUAGCCGCGCAGCUGCUCGACAGCAUGCGCAAAGCCAAGGUGGAAGCCAAUGUCAUCAGCUACAAUUCCACCAUCAGCGCCUGUGAGAAGGGUGGUCAGUGGCAGCUAGCCAUGCAUCUGCUCGGCAGCAUGCGCAAAGCAAAGCUGGAUGCCGACGUCAUCAGCUAUAGUUCCAGCAUCAGCGCUUGCGAGAAGGGCGGGGAGUGGCAGAUGGCGGUGCAUCUGUUCGACAGCAUGAGCAAAACCAAGGUGGAGGCCGAUGUCAUCAGCUACAAUUCCACCAUCAGCGCUUGUGAGAAGGGUGGUCAGUGGCCGCUAGCCAUGCAUUUGUUCGACAGCAUGCGCAAAGCACUGGUGGAAGCCACUGUCAUCAGCUAUAGUUCCACCAUCAGCGCUUGUGGGAAAGGUGGGCAGUGGCAGUUAGCCAUGCAUCUGUUUGACAGCAUGCGCAAAGCCCUGGUGGAAGCCAAUGUCAUCAGCUACAAUGCCGUGUUGGAGGCAGCAUGUAGCAUGGCACCGGGUGAUGACCCUACCAUUCUUGAUUUACAUGAUUUGUCUGCCGGUGCUGGCUGGAUGGAUGUGGAGUGGUGGUUGCUGGAAGUCUUGCCACCACUGUUCCGCUCCAAGAAGCGCCGCCGCUGCAUCAUCAUCACAGGCUGGGGUAAGUCAAGGAAGACUUGGCAGAAGUCUGAUGUUCAAGCUUUUGUUUUGGCCAAACUGAAAGGCCAUGGCAUAGCUGCCGAGGUUCAGAAGGAAAACAAAGGCAGACUUGAGCUGGACUUGACGCCAUCGGACCUCGCAGCUUUGCGGGCAAAGCUGCAGGAUGUAAGUAAUUAA